CGAAUUCGACCUCCCCCAGAAAAACCUCGUCCGUUACUCCUCCGCCUCCCUCCAAUGUCGUCCCCGCCGCCCAUGCCUGGAAGGGAGGAGAUCGCCGGCGCCAAGGCGCCGCGUCCGCUCGCUGCGGACACCACCGGCGCAGGGGGAGACGCCGGAGGUGUCGCCGAGGCAAGCCAAGCAGCGUCCGGCGGUGAGGCCAAAGCGACGCCGUCGCCAGCGACUAUCUGCCCUUGCUGCACGGAGCCGUGGACCAGCGACGGCCCUCAUCGCAUGUGUUGCAUUCCUUGUGGGCAUGUGUAUGGCAGAUCUUGUAUGGAGACGUUGCUGCGUCGUUCUGGCCAGAAUAGUGCCAAGUGCCCGCAGUGUGGCAAACAAUUCGAGGAGAAGCUUAUUAUCAACCUCUAUGCACCAGAAAACAUGUUGGAGGGUUGCUGCAGUGCUGAGGUUCUAUUUCUUUCAUCCGAUGUACAUCUAUAG